AUGUCCGACGCAGACUUCGAGACCGUCCGGAAGCUCCAGGCGGAGCGCAACGCUGCCGCCGCUGCGAAAAAGGGCUCGCACACCUUCGACCCGACCAACCAGCGUGCCGACACCGGCACGAAGCAGAAACUCACCGAUAGCUUCGAUACCGAUUUGUACGAUCGUAAUGGCGUCGACAAGUUUGCCGGAUACAACACGUCCAUCCCCGCCGGCGACGACGAUGAUGACGAGAUGGAGGGCACCGACAACACGCGCCGUCUCGUCGGCCAGUACACGGCUUCACGUGACAUGAUUGACGAAUUUGCGCGCGGCGACGGCGUCGAGGAAGAUGACCCCUUGGCGGGCCGUGGCGAGAAGAGCAACAGGAUCACCGAUCGCGAGACCGACUACCAAAAGCGCCGGUUCGACCGCGCCCUCUCUCCGGUACGAACCGAUGCCUUCUCCAAUGGCGACAACCAGGAUGGCUCUAGCUACCGUGAGAUCAUGGCGAGGAGAGAGCUCGAGAAAGAGGAAGAGGAGGUUGCACGCAAAAUCAAAGCCAAGGCAGCAGCCGGACCCGACGAAGACGGCAAUGUUGCUCAGGCGACAUUGAAAGAUGAUGAUAAGGAGAACGCCGAAGCAGGUUCCACCGACGCUGUGUCUGCUGGAAGGAAGCGCAAGAAGAGAUGGGACGUGUCAUCUGCGCAAGCUGCGGAUGAGGAAGCCGCCCAGUCUUCAGAGCCCGCGAAAUCCAAGCGCUCUCGAUGGGAUCAAGCUCCUUCUUUGGAGUCCGCUGACGCGCCGAAGAAGCGAUCAAGAUGGGACCAGGCGCCCUCGGCCACUCCCAUGGGGAAUCAGGGACUUGCCACGCCGAUGCAUCCCUCACAAGCGGGCGGUGCUAUCCUGCCCACAACCUUUGGAACGGAUAUUUCGGGACGCAACGCACCUCUGAGCGACGAGGAGCUAGACGCGCUUCUUCCCGGCGAGGAGCAAGGAUACAAGAUUCUCGAGCCACCGCCAGGAUACGCCCCAAUCCGCGCUCCUGCCCACAAGCUCAUGGCCACGCCAGCACCGCAGACCGGCUUUAUGAUGCAGGACCCCGACUCUGUCAGACUAAGCGGAAAGCCUGUGCCGGCGGAAAUCCCUGGCAUUGGCGACUUGCAGUUCUUCAAGGCCGAGGACAUGGCGUACUUCGGUAAGCUGACCGACGGCUCCGACGAGAACAGCUUGAGCGUAGAGGAGAUGAAGGAGAGGAAGAUCAUGAGGCUGCUCUUGAAAGUCAAGAACGGUACUCCUCCAAUGCGUAAAACUGCUCUGAGACAGCUCACCGACAAUGCCAGGCAGUUUGGAGCCGGUCCCCUCUUCGACCAGAUUCUCCCCCUGCUUAUGGAGAAGACUUUGGAAGACCAGGAGCGACAUCUGCUCGUCAAGGUCAUCGACCGUAUCCUUUACAAGCUCGAUGAUCUCGUGCGGCCAUACGUCCACAAGAUUUUGGUCGUCAUCGAGCCGCUGCUCAUCGACCAGGACUACUACGCCAGAGUGGAAGGUCGUGAGAUCAUCUCUAACCUCAGUAAAGCUGCUGGCCUGGCCACCAUGAUCAGCACGAUGAGGCCAGAUAUUGACCACGUCGACGAGUACGUCCGAAACACCACCGCCAGAGCGUUUGCUGUGGUUGCGUCCGCCUUGGGCAUUCCAGCCCUGUUGCCAUUUCUCCGAGCCGUUUGUCGAAGCAAGAAGUCAUGGCAGGCCCGACACACCGGUGUCAAGAUUGUGCAGCAAAUUCCUAUCCUAAUGGGCUGCGCUGUCCUGCCACAUCUGAAGGGUCUGGUCGACUGUAUCGGCCCCAACCUCAAUGACGAACAAACAAAGGUCAGGACUGUUACCAGUUUGGCCAUCGCCGCGCUUGCCGAAGCGUCGAACCCCUACGGUAUCGAGAGCUUCGACGACAUUCUCAACCCGCUAUGGACCGGAGCUCGCAAGCAGCGAGGCAAGGGCCUGGCAGGUUUCCUCAAGGCUGUAGGCUUCAUCAUUCCGCUGAUGGACGAGGAGUACGCCAACUACUACACCAGUCAAAUCAUGGAGAUUCUCCUUCGCGAGUUUUCCUCGCCGGAUGAGGAGAUGAAGAAGGUUGUCCUGAAGGUGGUGUCUCAGUGCGCUGGUACUGAUGGUGUUACUGCAGGCUACCUCAAGGAGCACGUCUUGGACGAGUUCUUCAAGAGUUUUUGGGUGCGGCGAAUGGCUUUGGACAAGCGUAACUACAGGCAAGUCGUCGAGACCACGGUUGAUAUCGGCCAAAAGGUCGGCGUCAGUGAGAUACUGGAGAGAAUUGUGGUAAACCUCAAGGACGAGAGCGAAGCCUACAGAAAGAUGACCGUCGAGACGGUGGAGAAGAUUGUCGCCAGUCUAGGCGCCGCAGAUAUCGGCGAGCGUCUCGAAGAGCGGUUGAUUGACGGUAUUUUGCACUCGUUCCAGGAACAGAGUGUGGAAGACAUCGUCAUGCUUAACGGAUUUGGCUCUGUCGUCAACGCUCUUGGAUCGCGCUGCAAGCCUUACCUGCCGCAGAUCGUCAGUACCAUCCUCUGGCGGCUGAACAACAAGUCGGCAACAGUACGACAGCAAGCGGCCGACCUCAUUUCACGAAUUGCUAUGGUCAUGAAGCAAUGCGGAGAGGACGCCCUGAUGGGCAAGCUCGGCAUCGUGCUUUACGAAUACUUGGGCGAAGAGUACCCCGAAGUCCUCGGUUCCAUCCUGGGAGCCCUACGUUCUAUCGUCACGGUGGUAGGUAUCACGCAGAUGCAGCCUCCGAUCAAAGACCUCCUCCCUCGACUUACCCCUAUUCUGCGCAACCGUCACGAAAAAGUCCAGGAAAACACAAUUGACCUCGUCGGUCGUAUCGCUGACCGUGGUCCCGAAAGUGUCAACGCGCGCGAAUGGAUGCGUAUCUGCUUCGAGCUGCUCGACAUGCUCAAGGCGCACAAGAAGGGCAUUCGUCGUGCCGCCAACAACACCUUUGGCUUCAUCGCCAAGGCCAUUGGUCCCCAGGACGUGCUCGCCACGCUGCUGAACAACCUUCGCGUGCAGGAGCGUCAGUCUCGCGUCAACACGGCUGUUGCUAUUGGAAUCGUCGCCGAGACUUGCGCCCCUUUCACCGUUCUCCCCGCGCUCAUGAACGAGUACCGCGUACCGGAGCUGAACGUGCAAAACGGUGUGCUCAAGUCUCUAUCCUUCUUGUUCGAGUACAUUGGCGAGAUGGCCAAGGACUACGUCUAUGCCGUCACGCCUCUGCUCGAGGACGCCCUCAUUGACCGCGACCAAGUACAUCGCCAGACGGCUGCCUCGGUCGUCAAGCACAUUGCGCUUGGCGUUGUUGGUCUUGGGUGUGAGGAUGCCAUGGUCCAUCUUCUGAACCUCCUGUACCCGAACCUCUUUGAGACUAGUCCGCACGUCAUUGACCGUAUUAUCGAGGCCAUUGAGGCCAUCCGCAUGGCUGUCGGUCCCGGUGUGGUACUCAAUUACGUUUGGGCAGGUUUGUUCCAUCCGGCACGGAAGGUCCGCCAGCCCUACUGGCGGCUCUACAACGACGCCUAUGUCCAGGGUGCCGAUGCCAUGGUGCCGUACUAUCCCAACUUGGACGAAGAGAAGGUUGACAGGUCGGAGUUAGCGAUCAUGCUCUAA